AUGUGUAAACUUGAAAUAUGCUCAAAACAAGAUCAAGGAACUGUUAAAAACGCUCAUGUAAAUAUCUACAAAAUGUCAAUUUGUGAUGAAAGAAAAAUCACUGAGGGUAUUGAAACUGAGGAGUUUGACAAUGUUGCAAUCAGCUUUCAAUUUGAUAGUUAUAUGACGAGAACCUACAAUUUGGUGUUUUCUCCAGAAGGAGAUGGGUCUAAAAUGCAAUGGCUCAAGUAUAAUCACAGUAAACGAGGAAUGGAUAUUCAUACAUUGCUCAUCGAUUCGCCUAACUACCAUCAGAAAGCCAUUGAGUUUGCGGAGAAUAUGAUUAAAAAAGGAAAAUAUGAACUUCCACAACUGAUGGUUGAUAUGAAGGACUAUCCGAUGGAAACUAGUAAGAUGAGACCAUUGUCACGUUGCAAAACAAUUCGAAUCUGUGGAGAUGACAAGAAUCAGCUGAGGUGGUGGUUCGAAUGGUUUCCGGAGAAGAAUCUGGAUAUUCGAAUGUUCAGUCGAUUUGAAAAUCAACUAUUUAUAUCUUCGGAAGAACUCAAUUGGCCAAAAAUUCAACAAGCACAAAAAUUCAAAUUGUGCGGACGAGCCUAUUUUACGGAUGAGCAAUUUUUGAAUUUAAAAAUCCGCAUGGCAGGUUUCGCCUCUGUCAGUGUUUCUGACGACGUCAUUAAUCGAUUUUUGAAGAACUGGAUAAAUGGUACUGGGUACAAAUUCCAUCAAAUUCUCUUGGGAUCCAUUAAUGAUAGGAAAAUUGAUACGAUUCUACGUGGAAUUGAAUUGAGAGAAUGGGAUGAGGAUUUCAGAGAGGAAGCUGGUUUCUUCUACUCCGAAUUCCAUCGUUUCUGUGGUCGCGGACAACUGUAUCAGAUUUCCAACAGAAUCCACCCAUACGAGAGUCUCACUUUGCAAAUUACGGAUUUCGAAGAAGCAGAAUUAAACAUUUAUCAUACUGGAAAACGACAGACUGCGAGGAAUGGAGAAUAUUAUACCGAAUAUUAUGUCCCUAGUUAUUUUUAA